UUAAACUAUCGUCCUUGUCAGUGAUGGCGGCUUCGUUAAGUUCUCUCCCUGUAAGCUGUAAUAACAAAUGGUACUACACACGGCAACAGAUCGACAACAGCCCAUCUCGGCGAGCUGGACUUGAUCCUGACAAGGAACUGUCCUACAGACAACAGGCAGCGAACCUGCUCCAGGACAUGGGACAGCGGCUCAAUGUGUCCCAACUUACAAUUAAUACAGCCAUUGUGUACAUGCAUCGAUUCUACAUGGUCCAGUCAUUCACUCGAUUUCACAGAAAUGUUAUAUCUCCCGCCGCACUCUUCCUCGCCGCAAAGGUCGAGGAGCAGCCCCGGAAGCUGGAACAUGUUAUCAAGGUGGCCCAUGCAUGCCUCGAUCCUCAGGAUCCUCCACCAGAUGUACGCAGUGAUGCCUACCUGCAACAAGCCCAAGACCUGGUCAUUCUUGAGAGCAUAAUACUCCAGACCUUGGCUUUUGAAAUCACCAUUGACCAUCCUCAUACUCAUGUUGUCAAGUGCACUCAGCUCGUCAGAGUUGUUCCAGCGAGUAAGGAUCUUGCUCAAACGUCAUACUUUAUGGCCACUAACAGUCUGCACUUGACCACGUUCUGCCUGCAGUACAGUCCGCCGGUUGUGGCCUGCGUGUGCAUCCACCUCGCCUGCAAAUGGUCCAACUGGGAGAUCCCCGUGUCCACAGACGGCAAACACUGGUGGGAGUAUGUCGAUCCCACAGUUACCCUCGAGCUGCUGGAUGAGCUCACACACGAGUUCCUGCAGAUUCUGGAGAAAACACCCAGUCGGUUGAAACGGAUUCGCAACUGGAAGGCUGGAGGUCAGACCCCAAAAGCCAAGCCAAAAGUGCAGGAGGAGGGGGACCAGAGGGACACCAUGAUGAGCAUGAUCUCCAUGGCCUCGUCGGAGAGCACCGUGGCAGGCUUGAUGAGCCUCUCGGCUCCGCCUUCCUCCUCCUCCUCGUCCGUCGGCGACAAGGACCGGGGGGAGUCUGGCAGCGCCGCGACUUGGAGUGGCAAAGGCCAGGCCGGAACCGAGCAGCAGCCCAACGACGUUCACGUGCCAGCUAAGGUGUCGCUGAGCGAGUACCGGGCCAAGAACGCCGACGUCCUGGCCGCCCAGAAGAGGAAGCUCGAGAACAUGGAGGCCAGCGUGAAGAGGGACUACGCCAACGCCGCCCAGGCUCUCAUUGGUCAGCAGCAUCAGAGGAAGGAGAAGCAGCCGCAUCACCACCAGCAGUCCAGCUCCUCCUCCUCUGACAACCCGUCGCCCAUCAUUCUGAAAAUCCCCCUGGAGAAGGAGAGGCACGAGAGGACCUCUCUCAAAAUGCGCUUACCCGUAGCGGCGGGAGGCGGCGGCGGCGGCCAUAGUGGCAUCGCCCGAGGUCAAGAGCAGGACAUCAAAGUCCGAAUACGAGUGCCUGAGAAGCAAAGAGGGAGUUCGGGAGAGGAGGGCAAGAGCAGGGACAAGCACAGGGAGCGGUCUAACCACCACCAUCACCACCACCACCACCACCACUCCUCCUCCACGGGUGCCUCGCUCUCCUCUUCGCACAAACAUUCGUCUGGCUCCAGUGGGGCCGUCGGAGGCAGCAAAAAAGUCCCCAGCGACUCUUCUAGAACGAGCUCUUCGUCGUCGUCCGCGUCGCGCAAGCGGACGCACUCCCAAGAGCCCACGGCAGGCCCCCACCCUGCCUCUAAAGCCAGCAAGUCCUCCAGGAACCCCUACCAGCUGCCGUCCCUUUCUUCCUCCUCUGGGCAAACUCUGGGCCACGGCCCUGACAUUCUCCCCGCCCUGGGCCUCCCCCACCACCCGGGGAUCUAUCCGCACUCCAAGGGCGACAAGACGGACACUAACGGGCACGGGGCGGCCGGCGGCGCCCAGUCAAACGAGUACCAGGACACGUUUGAAAUGCUGAACUCGCUUCUGAGCGCGCAGGGGGUCCAGCCGUCCCAGCCGUCCAUGUUUGACUACAGGUCCCAGUACGGGGAGUACCGCUACAGCGGCGGCUCCAGAGGGAGCAACCCCAGGCCCCCGCCCCUCCCUUCAGAACCACCUCCCCCACUGCCGCCGUUACCCAAAUAGGAUCGUCAUCAGGAGACACAAUACACACAUUGUACUUGACAUCCCGGACAUUCAUCUUGUUACAUAAAGUAUUGUAUAAUGUUUUUUUUUUUUAAACUAGCCCAACUAUUUUUUUACAGGCUUCAGUGUGACAGCAAUGAAAUGUACUGGUGAGAUAAAUGAGUUUGCAACCUUUUUUCUUUUUUUUUCUUUUCUUUUUUUACAUUUGGGGCAAUAAUGAGAGGCUUUAAAAGCUUGUGAAAUAUGGGGGGAGGUGGGGGGGAAUACAGGAAAGUGUAGAUAAUAUCUUUUGCUCUUCUGUUUUACUCAAAUGAAAUGUGAUGAUGGGACCUGGUAAUUUUAACAUCGCUGUCUUGAAAUCAUGUGGAAACUAAAAGAUUUCCAUCACAUACCUUUUUAGGUCUUCUUACGAUUUGUUUUUUUUAUAAUGUUUUUAUAGUAUGUUAUUUAUUAAUGAAUGCUUUUAAAAAAUGAAAAAACA